AUGCCUCAAGUCAGCCAACCUGUCGUCAUGAGUAUUGAACUGUGCACACAAGUCAAUGGCCAGCAACGACCGAGGUUCUUCGUAGUACCGAACAUAGCAGGGGCAUCUUCGUCCACAGCUACUAGGGCAUCGAGUACUAGCACCAGCGCCGGUGCCAUUCCCAGCGUCGAGGUUCCCAGUGGCGGAGUGGAAGUGGAUAUGGGCAAUGGGCUAGGGACAUGGAAUAGCCUUCAACCUUUGGACAAUGGUGGUACGCUGCAAGUACGGACAUCGCUUGGCGCUACGACGGGAACAUGGAAUUUCCGAGUGGGAUUAUCUACUGGCUCUCCGCUUCAUUCCGUAUCGGACGAGACUACACUGUUUGGUGACUCAAGUAGCACAACCGCCGUCCUCUUCUCUCCGCCGAUCCCCAACACGGGCGUGGCCUUUACAGAGCCAACAUUUCCUCAAUACAACCUUCCUGAUGCCACCCCUUCUAUCCCUUCUCCGCCUCAAGAUAUCACAGCUAUCAACAACUCCCUCAUCAUUAUUCCAACCAAUCUGCUUUUGACUGCGGACAGUGCACAAAGAUCCGACUUGACAAGCUCUGCGUGUUUUCUUCAAACUUUAUCUAAUACUUCAUUCAGUGGUGACCCAUUCUUCAAGAUCAGUAGUACCCCUGUUCUUCGAAAUCAGGCAGAGGGUUGGCGGACUCAAUUCCUACUUGACGGGUUAGGACAGUCCACCAACUACACUAUUUAUACCCUUAGAACCUCGCAAAGCGAAUCCACCUUAUCGCAGCCGACCUAUAUUAAGACCAAAUCAACGGCUUUUCCUUGCACUCUAGUUCAUUCCCUACCAUUCUGCCCGUCCGUUUCAUGGACGGCGCCUCUUCCAUCCUUGGGGGAUAAUCCAUCCACCUAUGGCAAUAACAAUUUCCCACCUAAUCUUAGAGAUAUGAUCCUCAACUCGCUGGGGAAUUUUACAGCCUCACUCAAGACUUUUCCUUGUGGCCGAGAUCUCUAUUCGAUCGUGCAAACGUGUGCAAGUUGUGAGAGGGCCUAUCGAAACUGGGUAUGCUCUACAUUGAUCCCUCGCUGUGGGGAAGUGGACACUAGUACUAGUGCUGUGCCCAUCGAUCCACCUCCUGCUUUGGUACCACGAAAAGUUGGCACAUCAAAUACCACCAGCACUUUUGCACGACUAGAUCAAACAAUAUUUGGGACAACUGAUUCUACGGUGACGGAAUACACGGAGCUCCUUCCAUGCUUGGAAACAUGCCACUCUGUGGAUCGAGCCUGCCCACCUAUGCUCCAGUGGACAUGUCCUCGUAAGGGUAUCAGCGCUGAUAAGAGUUAUGGAGUGGGAUUUAUCGAUCGAGAGGGUGAUGAUGUGAGUGGUGGAGGAAAAGAAGGAGCUGGUACCACCGGCAAGAGUCAAGAUGGCUUUGGAAAUGUCUGGUGCAAUGGCAUCGUCUAA